UUUGCUUCCCAGCUUUGUUUUGAGUGUGGAGCGUUUAACCCUCAGUGGGUCAGUGUGACAUAUGGCAUUUGGAUCUGCCUGGAGUGUUCUGGAAAGCACAGAGGCCUUGGAGUGCACCUCAGUUUCGUACGCUCUGUCACCAUGGACAAGUGGAAAGAUAUUGAACUGGAGAAAAUGAAGGCUGGGGGAAAUGGGAAAUUCCGCCUUUUUCUAGAACUCCAAGAUGAUUAUGACCCGAACUGGACCUUACAGGAGAAGUACAACAGCAGAGCCGCCGCACUCUUCAGAGACAAGGUAGCAACAUUAGCUGAAGGUAAGGAGUGGUCCAUUGAUACAUCCACUGCUAAAAACUGGACUCCUCCGCAACCCAAGUCCAGCCUUUCAUCCUCUCACAGAUCUGGAGGAUCGGGUCAGACCCAGGUCAGUUCUAAUGACAAGGCGUUCGAGGAUUGGUUGAGUGACGACGUCAACUCUUAUCAAAGUGGGGGGGGCUACAGUGGGAACCAAGAGAAUCGUUAUGUUGGCUUUGGCAACACAGUAACCCCAGAGAAGAAGGAUGACGACUUCUUGAACAAUGCAAUGUCUUCAAUUUACUCAGGUUGGAGUAAUUUUACUGUUGGUGCCACCAAAUUUGCUUCAAUUGCUAAAGAUAAUACGACUAAACUGGCAAGCCAAGCAACUUUAAAGGCCACAGAGUUAGGACAGACUAUAAAUGAGAAUGUUAUCAAACCCACCCAAGAGAAGGUCAAAGAUGGCAAAUUGAUAGAUGAGAUGGCAGUCAGCAUCACUGGGCUGGCAAACAAGGUUCAGGGAGCCGGCGCAAAACUGACAAACCUGUUUACUGGAAAACCGCAAGAUGGCUCUGGAGGAGAGAGCUACCAGAACAUGGACGCCACUGAGGGCUAUCAGGGCAGCUCCAGCCAACCCGUGUCGAGGGAUUUCUGGGAAACCUUUGGCAGCAACAGCUCCCUAAAAGAGAAGAAAUCUCCCAGCAGUGACAGCUGGACCAUGGCAGAUAACUCUGCCAAAAAGAGCUCUGACAGUUGGGACAAUUGGGGCUCCGAAGGAGCCUCCAACAACAAGCACAGCACAGAGGAGAGCUGGGAGGCCUGGGACAACAACUGGGAGAAUCCGGAUGGUAAGACGAAGAAGAGUCCUUCUAAGCCUGCAGAGGAAGCCUGGGAUAACGCAGGCUGGUGAAACAAACAUCACCUUAACUUUUGUUUUUUUGUUUUUUUUUUCCAUCCUCUCCAUCUUCUCCGGUUGCUCAUCUCAUUUUGCUCUUUCUGGAAGAGAGUUGGUUUCACCUAAUGUCUAUUUAUGCAUUCUGUAUUAAUUAUAAUUUACCCAGGAAAGAAAUUAUGAAAAUUCAGAGAUGAAUAAAUGAACACCUAAAGGAACUGUUUACUUCCAGAGCUCUAUUUUAGUAGAAACUGGCCCCAUCACAACCUCAUCUGUUCAUUGUAGAUAAAAUCAUGACCCCCUGUAAGAAUUACCCUCAGAAUAUAGAUGUAAAGUAAAAUAAAGUGCUGUGCCAACAACCAUAGUUUGGCAAGGAUGUUGUUAUUCAACUCUGAAAUUAAUGCAUGGAAGAAAAAAUAUGUUAUUGUAAAUAUAUCAUAAAACUAACAUUAUUUUUCUUCUGUUUUGUAAACUUUAAACCAACUGAUGCCCAGUUAGACCUACAGUCAUGCUGAGUGACGGCGAAGAGGCCACCAUGUAAAGCCUUUGUUUCUCCAGCAGGAAACGAUAAAAAAGGAUUAUUUUAAAAUGAAGAUGCUCCAAACUAGUGUUGCUAGGUUACAAGUAAGAUCUGAAUCACACAGGUUUUAAUAUUUAAGAUGGUUUCAAAUGGGUGAAUAUUUUUUUUUUUAUUUCCUCGUUUAUAUCUCCCGAUUCAACAUAGCCUUUAGCUUGGUGAAACCAUCGUUACACAGCAGACAAAUUAUUCCUAUUCUUAUUUUUAUAGUAACUGCGACUACACUUCAGUUAAAAUUCUGAUUUGGAUAAUUUAUUUUUCUCGUCUUUUAAAGCUAUGAAGUUGGGAUUGGACAUUUUCUUUCCUUUUUUAAAGACAUUUUAGUUUCGCCGGCACACACUCAGCUUUGCAUUUUCCUAUUUGUUCCAGAUGGUUGACAUUAUAUGGCAGCAUCUUCUCAUCUCUACCGCUGCUCUACACAAACCUUCACUAUCUAGUAAUCAAGUCUCAUUGUUCAUAAUAACUUUUUUAAAAUGAAGAUUUUUGCAUUGCAGGGAAUCACUCUCAGUACUUUACAUGUUGUGUUUCAAUAACUGGAAUAAAUGUAGACUUCAUUUUCCCUACAGUGGUGUCAAAGAAGCCAAUCUGUGAGCCUUAGAGGGAUCCACGAUUAGUUAUAAGACUUUAAUAUGAUUUUUUU